CCCUCAUUUCCUGCCUGUUUAUGGUGCCAGCCGUAAACUACAGGAGGGGACCCAAGUGGGCCCAGCUGUGGGGCUGGCAGUCGCAGCCCUAUUUAAGCCCCGGCCGCAGCCUCUCACAUGAUGGGAGUGUGACUGCAGCAGCCCUGAGAAGCAGCAUGGUGCUGGGCAGGGAGAAGCUGUUCCAGUUCUUCAGGCCCUAUGGGGAGGUAGGAAGCGGGGAGAGCAGCCGGCUGCUACCCCAGACGUCCCGGCUGGUGGAGCUGCCCCAAUUCUCCGAUGACGAUGAUGAUAUCUUGCUGCUGGAGGAUGCAGAUGAUCCUGUGGCCAAGCACAACCCAGAGGAGUUGUGCCCCACCCUCUGCAAGCCAAGUGCCUUCAGCCACUGUGUGUGGCACUUAGCCUUCCUCUGGAACCUCCUCUUCCUCCUGCUGGGCCUGCUGACCCUGGCCAUAGGGAUCUGGGGGCUGCUGGCCAAGGGCUGGCUGCAGGGCGAGCGCUUGGCCCCACUGGGCUCUGACCCCAUGCUGCUCUUCGUGCUGGCAGGGCUGGGGGCCAGCACUGUGUCUCUGGCUGGUUGCCUGGGUGCCCUCCGCUCCAGCGCCUGCCUGCUGCGCUUCUUCGUGGGGGCCGUGUUGGCCUUUGUGGGGCUGGAGGCGCUGGGAGGACUGCUGCUGCUGCUGGCACGGCAGCGGCUGCGGGAUGCGCUGCAGGAUGCCCUGCUGCUCUGCCUGCUGCGCUACCAGGAGGAGCCCGACCUGCGCUUCCUGGUGGACGAGGUGCAGCGCAGCCUGCGGUGCUGCGGGCUCAGCUCCUACCGUGACUGGGAGAGCAACCCGUAUUUCAACUGCAGCUCACCCGGCGUGCAGGCGUGCAGCGUCCCGGCCUCUUGCUGCCUGGAUCCGCGGCAGAACGGCUCCAUCACUAACGACCAAUGUGCCUUUGGGGUGCUGCAGCUGGGGGACAUGGCGGCUGCUGGCGUGGUGCACCUGGGGGGCUGUGUGGUUCAGCUGGGUGCCUGGCUGCGUGCGCAGGCUGGAGGCAUUGCCACCGGUGCGGCUGUGCUGGUGCUGCUGGAGGCCACCGGGCUGCUCCUGGCACUAAAAGUGCUGGCAGACAUUGCGCCUGGUACAGCACGGGGCUGAGGGUGUGCUGUGGGGCUGCAGAGGAUGCUGAGCUCCCUGCGCUCUCCUUCCUGUCCUCCUUUGUUGUACCUGUGCAUCCCAUAAUAAAUCUGAACCCUGCCUGGGUCUGGUCUAUCUCCUCUCCUGUGUGGUUGCACCCCCUCACAGCACACGUAGAGGCUUUCUGGCCCAGAUCAUCACACCAAACUCCUGUGUUUAUUUCAGGUUUUAAUGAGUGUUUCUCCAAGCUAUGCCCCGCUAUGUGGAUGGGGCAGUUUCUAAAAAAGCACUGCUAUAGGACAGG